AUGCAAUUACCGCGAAGCGGAUCCGAAAGCGCCUUUCACGCGCCCCCGACGCUUCACGCGGAGUCCUGUCGAUGGUGGGGCGAUUCAACCGCGGUGUUGUCAUUUACAUCUGCCGUCGCCGGUCGUCUUGAGGGGCUGCAGGCAACCCUCGCGGAGCUCGAGCGGCGGCUCCUUCGCGACGACGACGAGGCGGGAACAGAGGCCACCCCCGGGAUCGAUCCCCCGACCCUCGCGGUCCGGCAGCUGCUGGCUUUGGAUGCCAACAUCGGAUUGCUGAUCCCCCCCACGCACCAUCGGCGUUUAUCGUUGCGGUUAACCACGCUCGCGGUGUCGACCGCGGCCGCGCGGCUUUCGCUUCACGACAGCAUCCAACUUCUCCACCUUUCCGGGGAGUUUUUGGAAGCGAUGGAGCGGCUAACGGGGCCGAACGACCCGCUACGGACGAGUGCGCGGAUGCAGCACGUUUUUGCGCGUUCCAGGCAUGUCGCCGCCCUCCUUUCCAUGGAGGAGGACCUCACGGAGGGGAUUUCUCGAUUCCAUGGCGAUUCCUGCAAGGGAUCGGAUCGGGGCGGGUAUCAUGGCGGCUGUUGUGGUGCGCUUCGCGCGGAGGCCGAGGUGUUGUCGAAGCCCUACAUGCGGGAUGAACUCGUGCGGGAGAAUAUUAUGAUGAGCUUUCAAGAGCAUUACUGUCAAUGUAUCGGGUGGGCUAUGGAUCAAGACAUUUAUGAGGGGUGGGAGGCCCCGGAAAGGUUCGCGCUGACGAGUUUCCUCGCGCGAUUUCCCGUGGAGCUGGAGGCCGCGGGGUGUAGUACGAUUGGGGAUUUGGAUAUGAUUGCGUGUCUAGCAGUAUCCACCAAGGAGGAUUUCGUCGAUGAUCCAUUCCCAUCAUUGGGGGAGGAUGACAUCGGGAACGCUACUAUCAACGUCCUAGACGGAGUGGAUGAUGAUUAG